GUCCCGCUCUAACGGGCUAUGAUGGGCUCCCUGCCGAAAUGAGUCCCUCAUUCCCGCGACCGAGGCGCUAAGAAACGGCAGGGACAGACGCGCGCCAGGCGAGCGCUUCGCAGCUCCUCCUUUCGCGGCUGAGCAAAGUAACUCCGGUGGAAUAAGAGUGCAGCCGCAAUCACAGAGAAGCCACGAGCGCCGAGCUUGAGCUGUUGCGCCCGGAGGGGGCGGGGAGGGGUGGGGGAGGAAAGAAGAGCACCGCCAGCAAAGAAGAGAACUGUUGCCUUUCCCUUCUUUCUUGCUUUCCUUCCUUCCUUCCUUCCUUUCCCGACCAGGCAACAGGAGGCUCCGGGAAAGGCGAGAGGUUUCUUCGCGGCUCUGGGUAAGAGACCGCCUGAGCAAGAGACUCCUGGUAUAAAGUUAUCCAAAGUCGCUAUGGCCCCGGAGGCUGGAGCCCUCGGCUUAUUGGCGGCGAUCGUCUCCUUCGUCGCGCCCUCGGCUGCCUUCCUGGGAGCAGCUCGUGGCCAGUUCUCGGCAGGAGGUUGCACCUUUGAAGAUGGCCCGGGACCCUGUGAUUAUCAUCAGGACCCCUAUGAUGAUUUUGAUUGGGUACAUGUUAGUGCUCAAGAGCCUCAUUACCUUCCCCCUGAGAUGCCUCUUGGUUCCUACAUGAUAGUGGAUUCUUCACACCACAGCCAUGGAGAAAAAGCUCGGCUUCAGCUUCCCACCAUGAAAGAGAACGAUACCCACUGUAUCGAUUUCAGCUACCUUUUGUACAGUAAGAAAGGGACAAGCCCUGGGACUCUGAACAUCUUGGUCAGGGUGAACAAAGGUCCUCUGGCAAACCCCAUUUGGAACGUGACUGGCUCCACUGGCAAAGACUGGCUACGGGCAGAGCUGGCUGUCAGCACCUUCUGGCCAAAUGAAUACCAGGUAAUAUUUGAGGCUGAAGUCUCAGAUGGAAGAAAUGGCUACAUUGCCAUUGAUGACAUCCAGGUUCUGAGCUACCCUUGUGAUAAAUCUCCUCAUUUCUUGAGGCUAGGGGAUGUAGAGGUCAAUGCAGGUCAGAAUGCAACAUUUCAGUGCAUUGCUACGGGAAGAGAUGCAGUGAAGAACAAGUUAUGGCUGCAGAGACGCAAUGGAGAAGAUAUUCCAGUGGCCCAAACAAAAAACAUAAAUCACAGACGUUUUGCUGCUACUUUUAAACUUCAGGAAGUAACAAAAACAGAUCAGGAUUUAUACCGUUGUGUUACUCAGUCUGAGAGAGGAUCUGGAGUUUCCAACUUUGCUCAACUUAUUGUUCGAGAGCCUCCUAGACCAAUAGCUCCUCCACAGUUGCUUGGUGUUGGACCAACCUAUCUGCUCAUUCAGCUGAAUGCCAAUUCCAUUAUUGGGGAUGGACCUAUCAUCCUAAAAGAGGUGGAAUACCAUAUGACAACAGGGACCUGGACAGAAACACAUGCUGUCAAUGCACCGACAUAUAAGCUGUGGCAUUUGGACCCAGACACAGAGUAUGAGAUUCGUGUUCUUCUAACCAGGCCUGGUGAAGGUGGCACAGGUCAGCCAGGCCCUCCACUGAUUACCCGAACCAAAUGUGCAGAGCCCAUGAGAACACCCAAGACUUUAAAAAUUGCCGAAAUCCAGGCACGUCGUAUUGCUGUGGAUUGGGAAUCCCUAGGUUACAACAUCACACGCUGCCAUACCUUCAAUGUUACCAUCUGCUACCAUUAUUUCCGUGGCCAUAAUGAAAGCAAGGCUGACUGCUUGGACAUGGAUCCCAAAGCACCACAACAUGUUGUGAAUCACCUGCCUCCUUACACAAAUGUGAGCCUCAAAAUGAUUUUGACAAACCCCGAAGGACGGAAAGAGAGUGAGGAGACGAUUAUUCAGACAGACGAAGAUGUGCCUGGUCCCGUACCUACAAAAUCAUUAAAAGGAACUCCCUUUGAAGACAAGAUCUUCUUAAAUUGGAAAGAACCAAUGGAUCCAAAUGGUAUCAUCACCCAAUAUGAGGUCAGUUACACUAGCAUACGAUCCUUUGAUCCUGCAGUUCCAGUGGCUGGACCACCUCAAACUGUGUCAAAAUUAUGGAACAGUACACACCAUGUUUUUCCCUAUCUACAUCCUGGAACUACCUAUCAGUUUUAUAUAAGGGCCAGCACUGUCAAAGGUUUUGGACCAGCUACAGCCAUCAAUGUAACUACCAAUAUUUCAGCUCCCACAUUACCAGAUUAUGAAGGUAUUGAUGCCUUUCUCAAUGAAACGGCCACAACCAUAACUGUACUUCUGAGACCAGCACAAGCCAAAGGAGCGCCUAUCAGCGCCUAUCAGAUUGUUGUUGAAGAGCUGCAUCCUCAUCGGACCAAACGAGAAACCGGUGCAAUGGAUUGCUACCAGAUUCCUGUCACAUAUCAAAAUGCCCUGAGCAAUGGCUCGCCCUAUUAUUUUGCUGCAGAAUUGCCUCCUGGCAAUCUUCCAGAAGCAGCAGCUUUCACAGUUGGUGACAAUAGAACUUAUCAAGGCUUCUGGAACCCACCUUUGGUGCCUCGGAAAGGGUAUAAUAUCUAUUUUCAAGCCAUGAGCAGUGUUGAAAAGGAGACCAAAACUCAGUGUGUUCGAAUUGCUACUAAAGCAGCUGCAACAGAAGAACCAGAGGUUAUUCCUGACCCAGCCAAGCAGACUGACCGCGUAGUGAAAAUAGCGGGAAUAAGUGCUGGAAUCCUUGUCUUUAUUCUCAUCCUCCUCCUUGUCAUAUUAAUUGUCAAAAAAAGUAAACUGGCUAAGAAACGCAAGGAUGCCAUGGGAAACACUAGACAAGAAAUGACCCAUAUGGUGAACGCCAUGGAUCGCAGUUAUGCUGAUCAAAGCACACUCCAUGCAGAAGAUCCACUUUCGGUCACCUUUAUGGAUUCUCAUAACUUCAACCCCAGAUUGCCCAAUGAUCCACUUGUGCCGACUGCUGUGUUAGAUGAAAACCACAGUGCAACAGCAGAGUCGAGUCGUCUAUUAGAUGUGCCUCGUUAUCUGUGCGAAGGAACUGAAUCCCCCUACCAAACUGGCCAACUGCAUCCUGCUAUCAGAGUAGCGGAUUUGCUGCAGCAUAUUAAUCUCAUGAAAACAUCUGACAGCUAUGGUUUCAAAGAAGAGUAUGAGAGCUUCUUUGAAGGACAAUCAGCUUCUUGGGAUGUGGCCAAAAAGGAUCAAAACAGAACGAAGAAUAGAUAUGGGAACAUUAUAGCAUAUGAUCACUCCAGGGUGAUAUUACAACCUGUGGAAGAUGAUCCUUCUUCAGACUACAUUAAUGCUAAUUAUAUUGAUGGAUACCAGAGACCAAGUCACUACAUUGCAACCCAAGGUCCAGUACAUGAGACAGUCUAUGAUUUCUGGAGAAUGAUAUGGCAAGAACAAUCAGCCUGCAUUGUUAUGGUUACAAAUUUAGUUGAAGUGGGUCGGGUUAAGUGCUACAAGUAUUGGCCUGAUGACACUGAAGUUUAUGGGGACUUCAAAGUUGCUUGUGUGGAAGUGGAACCACUUGCAGAAUACGUUGUCAGGACGUUCACCCUUGAAAGGAGAGGUUACAACGAAAUCCGUGAAGUUAAACAGUUCCAUUUUACCGGCUGGCCUGAUCAUGGAGUACCUUACAAUGCAACAGGCCUUCUUUCAUUUAUACGCCGUGUAAAACAAUCUAACCCCCCAAGUGCUGGGCCUAUUGUUGUGCAUUGCAGUGCUGGAGCUGGGCGAACUGGAUGCUAUAUUGUAAUUGACAUCAUGUUAGACAUGGCAGAAAGAGAAGGAGUUGUAGACAUCUACAACUGUGUCAAAGCCUUACGUUCACGCCGCAUCAACAUGGUACAGACAGAGGAACAGUAUAUCUUUAUUCAUGAUGCUAUCCUGGAAGCCUGCUUAUGCGGAGAAACUGCCAUCCCAGUCUGUGAAUUUAAAGCUGCCUAUUUUGACAUGAUUCGAAUAGACUCUCAGACAAACUCUUCACAUCUUAAAGAUGAAUUCCAGACCCUGAAUUCUGUGACUCCUCGGCUACAAGCCGAAGACUGCAGCAUAGCAUGCUUGCCAAGAAAUCAUGACAAAAACCGCUUUAUGGAUAUGCUGCCACCUGACAGAUGUCUGCCUUUCUUAAUUACUAUUGAUGGCGAGAGCAGCAAUUACAUCAAUGCUGCCCUUAUGGAUAGCUACAGACAGCCUGCUGCUUUCAUCGUCACACAGCAUCCUCUGCCAAACACUGUGAAAGAUUUCUGGAGACUAGUCUACGAUUACGGCUGUACCUCUCUCGUGAUGUUAAAUGAAGUUGAUUUAGCACAAGGUUGCCCACAAUAUUGGCCAGAGGAAGGAAUGCUGAGAUAUGGUCCUAUUCAGGUUGAGUGCAUGUCCUGCUCAAUGGAAUGUGAUGUAAUCAACAGAAUUUUCAGGAUAUGCAAUUUAACAAGGCCUCAGGAAGGUUACCUGAUGGUUCAGCAAUUCCAGUAUCUGAGCUGGGCACCUCAUAGGGAUGUCCCAGGCUCCAAGAGGUCAUUCUUAAAUUUAAUUCUUCAAGUGGAAAAGUGGCAAGAAGAAUGUGAAGAAGGGGAAGGGAGAACCAUAAUUCAUUGUCUGAACGGCGGUGGGCGAAGCGGGAUGUUUUGUGCCAUAGGCAUUGUAGUGGAAAUGGUUAAAAGGCAAAACGUCAUUGAUGUUUUCCACGCAGUAAAAACUUUACGGAACAGUAAGCCUAACAUGGUAGAAACACCGGAACAAUAUCGUUUCUGCUAUGAUGUUGCACUGGAGUACCUUGAAUCAUCUUAAUAUGAAAGGAUAAAUACAAUCAAGUGAACCAAAUAAUAUGAAAUUUAAUAAACUGUGUUUUGGCAUCCGCUGUUGAACCUAUGAAGAAACGUUUUAGUGAAGGGGAGACUUAAUUUUUAAAUGCAAAAGUAUUUUUCUUAAUAAAUGGUGUAAAGUAUAUAUAUGAUAUAUAUAUAUGAGAGAGAGAGAGACUUUGUUCUGUCCCUGUACACAAACUGAAUUUAGUGCCACAAAAAUAAAUAAAGAGUCAAGGCAGAGCACAUCUGCUAUUCAAAGUAAAACUUUCCAGUGUUUGCAUAUUCCGCUGUCUCUCGGAUACAUUAGUCCUGUCAUCUGUUGCAUGUAUCUAUUCUACUGAAUGUUUUAUUUCAUAAUUGUUCUUAAUUUCAUACUGUUAAAAGUUUUUAAAAACACUGUGUACAGAUUGAUAAUCUGUAGGUUUUAUGUGCUGCAAGAAUAUAUAUAGAGAGAGAGAUACAGCCACACAACUCGGAAACAUUUUUUUUUAAAUGGCAUAUUUUAUUUUACUGUGCAAUGACAGCCUGAUCAAAGUUCUUUAUAAAGAAAUUCAAACAUAAAGCCAAAGACUCAAGUGUAAAUAUGUUUAUAUAGGAAAGAAAGCACAUUGUAUUUAUUGUUUACUGACAUUCCUUUUAUGAUGGUUGGACAGAACCAUUUUUUUUCUUAGAAACAUUGUUGCUGAAAUCAAGUGUAAAUGAUUUUUGUAGAUUAUUUUUUGUAUGUAUUGCAUAAGUAGAAGGAGAGAGAAUGAAAAGAUCUUUUAUGGAUAAGCCGGAAAACAUUGAUAUACUUUUUGGGUUGGUCUGUGUACAUGCUUAUGAAUGAAAUUCAUGUAAACAAGAAAAAGAAACCAAACAUAAAACUUCUUUCUCAGACUAUAUAGAGGUGGGUUUUUUUCAGUUUAUAGGAAUAAGAAAUCAAAUAGAAACUGCACAUAUAUAUAUAACUUUGGGAGUUUCGUUAAUUUUUUUAAGGAGUAAGUGGGUUAAUAAUGAAUGCUUGACACACAGAGCAAGUACAAAAAUAAAUAAAAAUGCAAGUUAAUAACAUUUAUUUUAAUGUUUACAGUUGAGGCACAAGUUCUAGGCCACCACACCAAUGUAUUGUUCCCUUCUGCAAUGCUGGAGGAAUCUUCUGAUUCUCAUUCGUGACUUCCCAGCUGAGCCAAGAAAUCAGCUUUUGUCCAAGGCUUCAAAGAAGCGCCAGCUUUUCUCCCAGUGGUAGUCUAGAUUUGUGGAAAUGGUAGCUUUGUGUUCUGACAAAGCCAAAAUGGAUUGAAUCAAUUCAAGAGUUAGGUGAUAGCUUUGGUAUGUUUUUUACUUUGCUCUUCAUAUGCACAUUCAUAAGCCUGGACAUAUUUUCAUAAUGAAAAAAAAAACAUUUACUGUGUCCUGUUGAUUUUUUUUAUCAAGAGUAAAUGAUAAGGUGCUGAUGAAUAUUCAUGUAAAAUAAGAGUGAAUUAAA